AUGGAUUUUACAGACUCGGAAUUAUGCGGUUGUGAAAGCUCGAAUUUUAUACCGUCAUCUGAAUCUGAUCCCCCACCUCCUGUUUCUUAUCACGUAGCAGAAUGCAAACCUGGUGAUAUUCACACACAAGAGUGUGAUGUCAAUACUGAAAAUCAACCAGCCUUUGAUGUAUCUGGUACUAUGGUAUCUGCGGACUGCAGUUUUGAGUCUUCUAACCCCACACAAAACCAGCGAAAUCUUACACAGGCAGAUGACUUCCGAGAUUUAUCAAAGGAGAAUUCAGAUCCAUCCGAAUUCAAGAGAUUAGACUGCAGUCCAAUUUCCAACUCACUUACACCCUGCUCGAAACACACUCUAGGUGUUUUAAACAAUAAUCUCAAAUUAUCUGCCCCACACAACCGAAUAAGGAAAUCACUGGGCCAUACUGAUAAUCUAUUCAUCAAAGUCCCUAAUCAAGCAAUGCGCUUGUCAGAACCGUUGAGUGCUCAUAAAAUCACCGAUUCAUGUAACAGUCCUUUUUUGUCUGGAUUCGAGUCUCAUUCAACUUCACUAACGCGGUUGCCAAAUUCAGCUUCGAUUUUAAAUAGCAGCGACGGUGGUGGUGAUGAAGGUGAUUUGUCAGUUAUGCAUGAUCAUGAGAAUUCGUCUCCUACUGAAUCUGAUAGUUUAAUGAAAAAUAAAGAUGUACAACUAAUAACUAAGAAAACAUCCGAACUAGUGGAAAAUGAAGUUACCGAAUCUGUAGAAUCAAUUUUAGCUGUUAGUUUAUCUGCAGUAGUAUAUCGAAUGGACAAUACAAACGAAGUAGUUUUUGACAAUCGCUUUAACGUUAAAGUAAAUGAUGCCAAUCUCAAAGCUGCCUAUAAGUGGGUGCAAAUAAAUAGUGCGAAAUUAAUCGGUGAACUGAGCGUUUCAAUGAAACCAAGUAGUUGUAUUACUAAUCAGAUUCAGGCUAAAUUAACAAGUGAUUCAAUAUUAUCAACAUCACCCCCGACAACUGACUCAUCUAACGCAAAUGUUUUGAGCUCAAAAUCACUUUUCGGUUCAACUAGUAUAUCCGUAUCGAAUUCAUAUUCUAUUCAACGAAAAGUAGAUGACAAUCAUUGUAGUGGUAAUCAUGGAUUAUUUAAAUCACCAGGUUGUACGUCAUCUUCUGGUUCUGAACUUUUUAUACCUCGCCCAAAGAAUAAAUUAAGUGUCGAAGAAUUCAUUGGAGGUAAAUGCCCAGUUCGCGCAAGCACAACAUCAUCAUCAAGUUCUGACCUUUUUAUUCCUCGUUCAGCAAAUAAACGCAUUCGUGAACUAAACGAUAAACAAGGGUGUGAAUCAUCUACCACGUUAAACGCUGCACAAAAAUCAUCGGAGUCUAGCUUGCUCCGUUUAAGUUUACUUCCUUCGUCUUUAAGUUCGAACAACAAAUCGGCACAUGAUUUCACUCACUGUUCCUCUUUAACCCUGGUGAAUGAAACACCUUCUGAGGACACAAAUAACGAGUCACUCCAUUAUCCAAACACUGAAACAAAUCAAUUUGUCAAGCAGACCGAUACAGAGUUGAUAUCGGAUUCUCCUAGUGCCACAACAUCGACGACAAAAACUGCUAUCACAGAAACUGAAGAUGUUACUCUCACUUCAAGUAAAUUAAUUCCAGGCGAACAGUGGGUUUAUGGCAAAUGGAAAACGGAGAAGAAUUAUUAUGCCGGUAAAAUAUAUCCUAAUGAAUCUGGUUCCAGAUGUUUUGUUAUUUUCGAAGACGGAACGAGAGCACGAAUCAAACAGUCUGAUUUGGUUGCAGUAUAUCUACUACCUGUCGGAGCUGAGGUCAGUGCUGAAUUAAAAGAUGAUAAUGAAUACUGGGGUGAUUGUGUAAUCCAAGCUUAUUCAAGUGAUUCUGAACGACCUUAUAAAGUUCUUUGUCGUACCACAAACGAAGUUUAUUUUUUACGAAGAGGUCAAGUGUCAAUACAUGAAUCGGAAGUUGAUAAUUUGAAAAAGCGACAACUACUACCUUCUAAUUCUUGUGAAAUUCAAAUUUCAAUUGAGAAUGAAAACAAAAUUAAUAUGAAUAAUUCUAUAACGAAAAUAUGUGCAAGUCCAGAGGUUAGUCUAUCCAACUUAGUUUUUGAUAAGAGAAAAUCGAGACCAAAAGUUUAUCGAUCCAGCUGGAUUACACCAAUGAAACAAUUAACAACGGUUAAAAACGAUACUGAUAAUCAACACUGUAUAACAUUGCCAAGUAAACUUACAUUGUCUUCACAUUUACGCAAACGAUAUAGAAAUCAGUUUAAACGAAAAUUACAAACAACUUCUGUUCGAAUCAAUCGUUCACGAAAUAGAUCUGGUAGCUCAACUGAACGUUCAAGUUUAGCCAAAAAGCAACAUCUUUCUGAUUUGUUUUCAGAUGACGAAAACUUACUAACACAACCUAUGUCUUUGCAAACACCUGUUUCGAAAACUGAAAAUUCUUAUAAAAAAAACAAUUCAAAUCAAUUAGUUUCUAAAAGGAUACAAUCUUCUGCUUCGCCAAAGUCUAGAGCAUCAUUUGGUUUACUUAGGUCAUUAAGUCAUAAUUUAAAUAUACCAAUUCCAAGUCCAACUGUAUUCCAUGGAUGGACUAUCAUUCUUACAGGUGGAGCUAAAAACUACAAUUCAAAUGAAUCCAUAGAUCGUAAUCUUUUAGAACAAUUGAUUAUUGCAUGUGGUGGAGAAAUUGCUUUAGAAAUCAAUCCAUCUUUACUGAAUAGAAGAUAUGGUUGGGAAAGUCCUGAACUAGAUGAUAGUUUCCAUCAAAAGAAAAGUCAAUGUGCACAUUUUGUAGCUUUAGUUUCAACAGAUUGUUGUCGCACAUUAAAAUAUUUUCAAGCACUUGCUACGUUAGGCAGUGUUCCAUUACUACGUAUUGACUGGUUGUUGGAUUCAUGUCGUGAAGAUGCUAAAACAUACAACAAUGAAUCGUCGUUUGAAGAAACUCGUAAUUGGCCUUUAUAUUUGCUGCGUGCAUAUCCUGGUCGUUAUGAAUUACCUCGGGGAUUUAUAUCAGGAUCUUCUGAACCAGUUAGUUGGUGGUCUGUGCCUGUACGAUAUCGUUCACCAUCUUAUCAAACAAUUCCUUCGCCAUCAUUGUUUGACCAUCUUGGAGAUUGGGCGGAUAGUGGAACUAAUUAUCGUUUAGUAGCUAUAGUAACUAAUGAUCUUAAGGUGUUUGGACCUGGUUGGUUGAAUAUAUUAUCUCUAGCUUGUGGGUCCAGUAAUGAAUUUGAUGAGUUGGGUAAUUCAUCUAAUCGAAUUCCUUUAAUACAUUUAUCUGAAAUAUCUCAAAAGCUAUCUGAUAUAUUUCCAUCUGUAAGAUGUAGAUCUAAAGCAAGUGAGAAAAAAGUGAAUUUUGUCCUAGUAGACAAGAACCAUAUCAAUCAAUCUGCGUUUGCGUUUAUGAAAACAUUACCUAUUGAAAUGGUUACUUGUGACUACUUUAUUCAUUCCCUUAUCUGUGGACAUUUAGUUAACCCAAAAUCUUCUCCACAUUUUUCACCGAUAGUAUGA